CAAGUGCCCCCCCCAUUCAACUCCACGUGACCUCAAGCGACAUAACGGAAGCGAUUUUCAUACUUUCUUCACCGGCAAUCGACUGAUCGCCGGCGCGACGUCGCCGGAGACCUCGACUCACGACUCCCGAACACCAAGCCCCGCCGUCAUCCACUCACCGCCUCCGUCGCACUCCGGUGCCUGUAUAAACUCCUGAUUUCGCCGGUUUUUUCCUCCUAAUUUCUUCAUAUAUGCUGUGAAGGUAUUGGAAAUCGAGAUGGUUAAGAGGCAAGUCCCCGAUUGGCUCAACAGCUCCCUCUGGUCUUCUCCGGCUCCUCCUGCCGAGGCGCCUUCCCCGUUGCUGCAGCAACAACCGUCAGCUCCUCCGCCGUCUGCAAUCCGCGGCGAGGAUGCCGCCGAUCGCCCCUCCCGUUCCGUCACCAAAUCGACGAAGACUGGAGCUGAUUAUCCGGUCGAGCGGCCGGUGAUCCCUGCGCCUCCGCCUGCAAUUAAAACAGACGCGCGCCGUCAUAAAGUGGAAAUUAGGGAUCCGUUAUGCGGUAAUAAUUAUAAUAGCGAUGAAGACAAUGAAAGCUCAGCCCGUAGCUCUACCACAUCCGCCUCCCCUGCUGCAGCCAGCUCUUUAGCGGAGGAUUUUUCUCGCCAAGCACAGCUUUGCCAAGUGCUGUCAAGAAAGACCAUAAACAUGGGGGAAGUUAGGAAGCUAGCUUCGCAAGGAAUACCUGAUGGAGCUGGCAUUCGUGCAACAGUGUGGAAGCUACUGCUGGGGUAUCUUCCAAUUGAUAGAUCAUCAUGGCCAUUGGAGUUGACAAAGAAAAGGUCCCAAUACAAGCAUUUUAAGGAUGACCUUUUGAUGAACCCUUCUGAGAUUACAAGAAGGUUGGAGAAAUCAACUAUUGAUAUUAAUGAACCAAAUGGUGAAGGCAAGGGUUUACUCUCAAGGUCAGAAGUUACUCAUGGAGAACAUCCUUUAAGUCUUGGAAAAAAUAGCGUGUGGAACCAAUUUUUCCAGGAUACAGAGAUCAUGGAACAGAUUGAACGCGAUGUCAAGCGUACUCACCCAGAUUUUAACUUUUUCUCUGGGGAUACACCCUUUGCGAAAUUAAAUCAGGAAGCUCUGAAGGAUAUCCUCAUUGUAUUUGCAAAACUGAAUCCUGGCAUAAGAUAUGUGCAAGGGAUGAAUGAGCUCUUGGCACCACUCUAUUAUGUGUUCAAAAAUGAUCCGAAUGAAGAAAAUGCAGCUGCCGCAGAAGCGGACACAUUCUUCUGCUUUGUGGAACUUCUAAGUGGAUUUAGGGAUCAUUUCUGCCAGCAACUUGACAACAGUGUUGUUGGGAUCCGGUCUACAAUUACAAAAUUGUCACAGCUUCUGAAAGAGCAUGAUGAAGAACUAUGGCGUCAUCUAGAUGUGACAACCAAAGUCAAUCCACAAUUCUAUGCGUUCAGAUGGAUAACUCUUCUUCUUACACAGGAAUUCAAUUUCGCAGACAGUCUUCUUAUAUGGGACACACUCCUCAGUGACCCUGAAGGCCCUCAGGACACACUGCUCAGAGUCUGCUGCGCAAUGCUGAUAAUCGUUCGGAGGCGUUUACUUGCUGGGGAUUUCACCUCUAAUCUGAAACUACUCCAAAACUAUCCAUCCACAAGUAUCUCCCACUUGCUAUACGUCGCCAACAAAUUACGCACCACCACAUCUGCCUAAACCUCCAUUUUUGGAUAUACUCCGUAUUACUUUUAGACNUUUGUAUGCCGGGUAAGACAUAGUAUGUAAAUGUCAGAUUAUUAGAGAGUUUACCUCUUAUUACGAUUUAUAGAAUACGAUUCGGUUUUAUAGAAUAGCUAAGUGUGGCAAAUGUAUGGUGUUGUCUUGUAGAUACUUUGAGAGUUUACCUCUUAUUAUGAUUUUUGGUGAUAUCCUGUCAUUGGUUUGGCUGUUUAAUCUGGUUGAAUUAGCAUUGUCUGUGAGAAGAAGAUGGCAAACUUGAAGUACCUCAAG